AGAAGGGCAGCGGUUGAAGGAUCUCAAGGCCAAGAACUAUUUGUUUCAAGCUAUUGAUCAGUCAAUCUUGGAAACAAUUCUUUGCAAAGAAACUUCCAAGCAAAUUUGGGAUUCCAUGAAGAAGAAGUACCUGGGAUCAGUAAGGGCGAAGAGGCAGCAGCUUCAAGCACUUCAUACGGAGUUCGAAAUGCUUCGGAUGAAAUCGGGAGAGUCGGUCAUAGACUAUUUUUCUCGAAUGAUGGCAAUUGUCAACAAGAUGCAUAUCCAUGGAGACAAGAUGGAGGACGUGACUGUAAUUGAAAAAAUUCUUCGAUCAUUGACGCCGAAAUUUAACUAUGUGGGUUGUUCAAUUGAAGAAUCAAAGGAUCUUGAUGAUCUUUCAAUUGAUGAGCUGCAAGGUUCGUUGUUGGUUCAUGAACAAAAUUUUAAACAGCAAGAAAAGGAGGAGCAAGCAUUGCAGGUCACAACUAGCAACAAAUUUUUAGCCCCCAACUCAGCAGGCUGA